AUGCUACGCCGCCGAAAUGUCACGCUCAGCUACCAGCGUGGUGGCUGGGCCCCUGGAUCAAAGCACCAGAAGCACAUGUCGCUGAAUCCCACCAUGUACCUUUACCGCUUUGCAGGUCCCCAUGGACCAGGGCCUUACGUUAUGAAGUAUUGGUGGACGCUUGGGUGCCUUCCCACCGGGCUUGAGCGACCGUUUCGUCUCUCUGAAUUCUUAGCCGAAUAUCAGCAACAGCACGUCCCCAUCGAGGUUGAAGAGUGGCUGAAAUGCUUCGUUCGGAAUCCGUACGAGGAGCUCGCGGAUGCAACCUCGGAACUUCUCAAAUACCUUGAAGAGGUACCGCGCAGAGAAAACACAAGGGGAUAUCGGAGCAUUGAAAGCGGAGUCUCCAGUUUCGCAGCGCCGUUAGCUAAAUUUGAAAGGCAGCUGAACGUUCGCGUUCCUUCUCUCGCGCUGCGGGCAGCGCUCGGGUCAGCUUCCUUGCGUGAACGUCUUAAGGACGACUUGUUCGAGUACAGGGAGUCGCUGAGCCUGUGCGGCAGUACUCCGCACCGGCGAUUGGCACGCGUUGCUUUUGAUGAACUCCUUACGCUUCCCAGGUCCAGUGGCGUCUCUGAAAAGAUCGAUAAUUUAGAAGGGCAGAUUUCGGAGACAAUCAGCGAAGCUGUAGGCUCAUACGUUUCACCCAAGUCUAGCACUUCUGACGAUGAAAAAAAACUGAUUCGAUUACUGACCACGUUUUCAGAAGGCUGUGUUUUGAAAGAGGACUACGACAGUGCUCUUUCUCUUCUUUCUAGCUUGUUGAGCUUUUCUCACGAUGACGACAUCGACGCAAUCGUGCAUUCUAAUGCAUCAACGGCCGCCAUCCUUGGUGGUCAUUACAAAGAAGCGGAGUUUCAUGGAAGGCAAGCUGCUCUUUUGGAACCACAACCGGUGUCGAGUAGAAAAAGUGGUGGCCGUGGAUAUGUCUUGUGGGCAACCGCAGCUGCUUAUCAGGAGGAAUUCGAUCGCGCCGGCAGAAUAGUUGAAAAAGGCCUCGAAUUGUUUGCUGACAAUGCUGAUUUGAGAGCAGUGCGAGAAAAGCUUGCGAGCGCCAAACUUGCUGCUUCAUCAGCUUCACCUUUGAGCACCAGGAUUGUCCGUUCGAAGGGACAACAGGCCCGAGGGCUGUUGCAUGGAAGCGGGCGGUCUUUCGACAAUGAGUUUGACUGGGCCAUUUUCAAGAACAAGCUGUAUCCCAGUAAGAUGAAUCCUUCGUCAAACGAAAUGGGUUCUGUUUUCAGGCGCGUUGGUGAUUUUGGUGGCCACAUUUCAACCUCCCGCUCAGCGGAACCUCUUUAG